AUGCGCAUGCACUCGCUCAACGACGCCUUCCAGUCGCUCCGCGAGGUGAUCCCGCACGUGAAGAAGGAGCGCCGUCUGUCCAAGAUAGAGACGCUGACGCUGGCCAAGAAUUACGUGAUGGCGCUCACCAACAUCAUCUGCGAGAUGCGCGGCGAGGCGUCGCCUUACGCGGCGGCGCUGCUGCCACCCUCGACGCCCGGCGUCGCCGCUAUAGUGGCCGCCCCCGCCGCCGGCGACGUUGCGCCCGCCCCCGCACAGGGCGUGGCCGCCCCCGGCUACGCGACGGCCCCCGCCGCUGCCGACGCUGCCCUCAGCCCGUCGACGGCGUCCGCCCUGCCAGUGGAAGCCUUCGGCGUCGGCGUCGGCGUCGGCGUCGGCGUCGGCCUCGUCGUCAAGGAUGAGGCUGCCGGAGUCACGGCCGCCCCCGACGCCACCAUGUGCGACGAAGACGCCGUGGCGCUCAACAGCUUCGACGACACCGACGGCAGCUUCUACGACGACCUGAGUCGAUUCGUCGACUGA